AAUAUAUUUAUGGAAAUUUAGUUUCAUCUUUAUUGGUAUUUGCUAGAAUUAAAUUUUUUUGGCGAGAACCUUCAGUGUAAAAAAUAAGCAUAUGAUGCGGAUGGUUGUCUAUCUGACAAUCGUGGCUCUUUGUUGGCAAUUUAAAAUGACGAGUUCACGCACAUCCACUUUAUGGAAGUUAAAUACAGAUAGUGGCAAAAUAACAGGACACAUUUCCGAUACUCAAGGAAAGGCAGAUAACACAAUGCUUGAAGAGUUUAGCAUACCAUUGUUUGACGCUAAUGCUGAUGUCUAUGCACAAGACGAAGUAUUUUAUAUCAUUGCGUCUACUUUGACACUGGGCGCAAGUACAGGUUCUAGAUCAGGUAUCACAGAUGCAGACCACAGUGAGGGAAACAAUGUGGGAUACGGGUGGGUACGCGAAUCACCUGAAAAUUCUAUAGACACUUUGGCAACAUUAUCAAAACGGUGCAAUGAAAGUGAUGCUGAAAAACAAGAAUCUAACGGCACGGAAGUAGAAAACAAAAAAUCUUCAUCCAUUACGGGUACUUCCGAUACACCAACUGUAACUAAUGUUGAUACUGCCUUGGUAGCUGAUGAAUCUUUGGAUUGUAAACCAGUGAAUUUUACAUACUACGAUUAUCUUAUUGGAGUGGGACAAAGAUUCAAUCAUCCCAAGAUACCAGAGCCAGAGGUUGCUUAUCUUUUUCUGAAAAUUAAAGAUGAGAACUCUUUUAAAAAUUUCGAUAUAUCAGCUUUGGAACGGCGUCUCAAAAGAACAAAGCGUGAAAAGCCUAGAUCAGUGCAACUGUAUAAUCAAAUUGGGAAUUACUGGCGUAUUGUGGGUGACGCGCGUCAAGCAAUUGAAUGCUUUAGACGAGCUCUAGCAAUGUCUCCAACAAAUGCCGAAGUUCUCUUGAAUUUGGCGCGCGUACUUUACAAUCUUCAAUAUCUUGACGAUGCUAUACACUUGACAAGAAGGUCUUUAGAAAUGCAACCACCUGGACGGUCUGCUUGGCAGCAAUAUUUCACACUUGGAGAAAUUUUUAAAGCUUAUGGACAUUUUCAAGAAUCAAUUUUGCAUUUGCGACAUGCACUUGAACUCUAUCCCCAGCACGAACCCAUAUUGAAGGCCCUACGGGAUGUGGAGAAUAAUCCUUCAUCAACAUUGCAUGUGUACACAGUUGUCAUAAUCGUUGCCUUGGUCGUUGCUGUUUUUAUUGUAAUCAUAACAUCAUCUAACAACAGUGAUAAAUAUAAUGGUUUAAAUAGCGGCCAUACUCAAAGUGAUUAUGAGCCUAAAACGCAACGGCAUUUCAACCGCGCCAUGGCUAUGCGCUCACUCAAGGGAUUUUCCUCUUCCUCAACUUUUACGGGUUCAUCAUCACGGAACCUUAGACACAGAAAAAAUUGAGCCUCCCAAAGUAGAAGUGGAUAAUUUGCCACAACACUAUCUAUCUACGUCCACGCCCAUGCUUACACAAAUAAAAAUUGCUUAAAUAGCACAAUUGCUUAUACACAUAUACACGUGAACACACAAGUUCACACGAAAAUACAAAUCAGGAAUACCAUUGGAUAAGAGGAAAUGUUGGGCUUAGCGAUAUAUCGGUGAUUCGAUAGAUCGAUUAAACGAAAUGCCAAAAAUGCACGGAUCUCAAGAAGAUAGGUGACCCAUUUACUUAGUUAUUUUGUUAUAUGUAGAUUUACGACCUAAACUACAUUCGGUUUAAGAAAAGUAUAUUUGAAAAUUAUCACAAUACUUUUAUUUUAAAUAAUAUUAAAAAAAAUUCAUGUAAUAAGCCAAAUUAACUUGUUAUAAAAUUACAUUUUUUUGUUCCUUCUGUUCAUAUUUGUUUAAAUAUGGAUAUUGU